AGUCGGCCAUAUUCUCGAGCGAAUUUAGUCAUCAACUGCCUGGAAUCAUGAAAGCAGCUAUUCUUUUUCUUGCGUGUGUUACACUGGUGUCAGCAUUCAAACUAGAGAAUGUCAAAAGAGCUACGCAUGCUGGGCAGUGUCCCCUUGUGGACACGAAUGUUCUUGGAUUUUGCAUGUAUGAUCCCACAAAAAAUUGCUUGAGUGAUGAUCAAUGCAGACCAACGGAGAAAUGUUGUCCAAGUGGCUGCAACAAGAUGUGCAUGAUAGCUGUUCACCAUCAGCUGCUGUUGUCCUAAACAUGCAACUUAAAACAAUCA